AGAAGAGCCGAGGUUAGUACUUUCUUUUUUUUUCUCCCCACGUCUCCAAUUUAACACAUCUGUACAACUCCUCCAUCUUCCAACAGCACCCUCUUAUACCUCUACUAUACAACAAGUCGCUGUCUCCUCGCCAAAACUAAGGCAUUGCCGAUUCACUACCUUCUAACCACCGGUCAUAUAGAUUUAACUCCCAGCAAUACCAACUUCCGCAUCUCCGCACUCCCGCAACUCAAUUCCAACGCCCCUCACCAAACCCAAGCCAUCACAAAAGACCACCAAAAAGCCUAGACCAAAAUGCUCAUAAUCGGCCUAACAGGCUCGAUCGCAACGGGCAAAUCAACCGUCUCCACUUUCCUCUCCUCACCCCCCUACUCCAUCCCCAUCGUCGACACCGACCUCCUCGCCCGCCAAGUCGUCGAACCAGGAACACCUGGCUACAAAGCAAUCGUCAACUACUUCGGCCCCAGCACUCCGGAUCUCCUCCUCCCACCCUCCCCCGAUGAUCCCACCGGUUCUCGCCGACCCUUGAACCGACCGGCCCUUGGCCGCCGCGUCUUCGGCACAACCGAGGAGCGCAAACGCGACCGCAUGAUUCUGAACAAGAUCGUCCACCCCGCCGUCCGAUGGGAAGUCUACAAAUCCCUCCUCUACUACUAUAUCCGCGGACACUGGGCCGUUGUCCUUGAUGUUCCGCUCUUAUUUGAAAGCGGCAUGGAUAUCAUCUGCGGGACGGUCAUUGUGGUCGGGGUGCAGGAUCCGGAGGUGCAGAUGGCGAGGCUGCGCGCGCGAGACCCGCAUCUGUCGGCGGAGGAUGCGGAGAAUCGGGUGCGGAGCCAGGGGGAUGUGAAGGGGAAGGUGGAGAAGGCUGAGUUCCGGGGCACGGGGUCCGCGCGGGGCGUGAUUGUUUGGAAUGAUGGGGAUAAGAAGGAUUUGGAGAGGGAGGUGCAGAAGGCUGUACAGACUAUAUCAGCGACGAGUCCGAGGUGGUGGGCUUGGGCGUUGCUAUUGGCGCCGCCGUUGGGGCUUGGUGCUGCUGCGUGGAAUAUGGCGGUUAACUUUAUGACGCAGAAGAGUUGGGAGAAGAAGGAGAAGGAGGAUAAGGCUAAGUUGUAGAUUGUUUUCUCUUCCUGUUCCUCCCUUUCUUUUCUUAUUGAUGUUUAGCGUUGGUUGGUUGACUUUAUGAGAAUUGAUAUCGUGCAUGGUAUAGUUAAUAUCAGAUGGAGUACGGCCGUUUUAGGUCUUAUUAUUAGUACAUUUUUAUACCCUUGUAUCUACUUUCUUAAGCGAUUCUCUGAACUGAGUUACCGUGAUGUAUAUCAGGGUUAAGAAAGGCAUCAAUACAAUCUCGCCUACAAAAUGUACGCGAGAGUGCUCACA